UUCACGAGCAUUUUGUUUUUGCUGCUAAACAGUUAUUACUGGCUUAUUUGGCUUAAUUCGGAGCAGAUAUGUAGAUAAGGUUUUCAGCAUUCUGACAAAACAAACUAUAUGAUAAAAGAUCACACACAAUUUCAUAACUUUCACGCAGGAUUCAUCGGUAGCAUCGGUACGAUAUCCAAGUCCAAAUCGAAAAGAAUGACAGCUAUUUUUUGAAACAACCUGUCUGUUGGAUUUCAAUAUUCCGUCGCAAUUUUUCCAGUCUCCAAGCAAAGUUUCAGUCUUCGCGGCAGUUGCUUUGCUUGGUUGAUUUCUCAAAAUGCUGACAGCAAAAACGGUUACUGCAACGUACGGAACUCAUCCAACAGUUAAGAGCAAAACUAAAACCUUUAAUUCUGCGUUUCAGGGUUUAAACCGCACAAAAUUUUGUCCACAACAGAAAACUCGAACAGUCGUAUGCACAGCUUCGGAGCAGAAAGAGCUCUACCAGCCCUUCCGUCCACCUCCAACUGUCCAAAAAAUUCCCCAUGCCGCAAAAAAUUUAAGCACCGAUGAACAACUUAAUAUGCUUCGUGACAGAAUAGGUUUGUGGCAUCAGUAUGCCGAAUUCAUUCCUCCUCUUUCUAGGGCUGGAUUCGCUCCUUCAAAGAUUGAGGAAGCGACAGGAAUUUCAGGAGUAGAGCAAAACAAAAUUGUAGUUGCUUCUAGGGUUCGUUCUUCUCUGCUAUCCAGUGGCUUAGAUGAAAAUGCUUUAACCUAUUUUGAUUCCGGUGGAGCCGAUAUCCUAUAUGAGUUUAGGACUCUUUCGUCAGAACAGCGAAGGUCUGCUGCUGAAUUUGCCCUGGAAAACAGAAUUGAUGGCAGAGAGGCCAGGGAUUUGGUCAAAGCCAUGAAGGAAUUCGAAAGGCGGCGUAAAGAAGGAUGGGAGUCCUUUUCUCCUCUCCCUGGUGAUUGCUUGGCUUACUCCUUAUAUUGCCAGAGUAAAGAGUACAAAACCAAGCCAGAGCGAGAAUCCGCAUUGAGCAAGGCCCUUGCUUAUGCUGUCACAGAAAAAGCGAAGACUAGGAUUCAAGGAUUCCUAGAUGACGAUGAUGAAAAUAACCAGGACGAAGCUUCAGAAAUUUUCCGGCGCUUGGUUAUUGUAAGAUUGAUGCAAGGGGAGGUUUCAGAGGCUAAGGUUCCUUUGGUUCUGCCUGUAAUUGAUCCAAAUAUUGAAGAAUUUCACCAGUCCCCAUCUCGUAAAGCAAUGGGAGAAGGCCCCUUUAGGAUUUAUAAGUCAGAAGCGUCAUGGAAAUCUUGGGUUGUUUUGCCUGGCUGGGAACCACUGAUUAGUGCAGAAGCCCCUGUACUUCUUUGCUUUCCUGAUGCAAAUGUUCUUCCAUGGAGAGUAAAAGAAGCAGACAAGAAGGACCCAAUUCUUGUGGCAGUAGACAAAACGAGGACUGAGAUUGAUGCAGAAAGUUUUUUCCUGGUAACCUCUACUGAUAAUUCUUUGACUCUUAAGAGAGGAUCUGCAAUUCCCGAAUCUGCAGGGUCUGUUUUGGGUAUGGUAGUUCUAGUUGUUAGACCACCUCGAACAGAGAGUGAUGAACUGGAGAUGGAAGAUUGGGAAUGAUUAUUUGCCUACCUAAAACUUAAACAUUUGCAUGCACUUCCCAAAUCCCCAAUCUUAUCUUCAAGAAUGUCGUAAGUAAGAAAUUUUGAGCAUUGCUAAAAUGGAGCAUAUAACAAUAAUAUAUUUAAUUUGUGGUGUAUGAACUACAUGAUUUUUGGAAUUGUUAUCUGCAAUCUUGACUACA